AUGACUACAACGGCGCUCGUCCCCAUCAACCUUCACGAUCGGAAUCAAUUUGCAGAGCUGCUCGCUCAACGCAUUCAAUGCGGCUGGGAUAAUGACCCCGCGCAUCUCCUGCACUGGCGCAGUAAAAUCGACCAACGACUGAAAUCGCUCUUCUGGAUUACCAUCACACUACCACAGGACGGUAUCUCCGACUCCGGAUCCAGCGACAGCGACAGCGAGCAAGCAAUCCGAGCAGGACACAUAUCCCUCGACUCAUAUUCGGACCUGAACGACCCGCUCCUAGCCAAUUCUGAUCGCUCCGCACUCAUCGUUCAGAAUCUCUUCAUCAAGCCCGAAUACCAGCGUCUCGGGCUGGGCCACAAAGCGAUGGAUUUGCUGGAGGCAUUGGCGCCGACGGAGCCCUACGGUAGUCCCAAUUGCAAGUAUAUCACGUUGUCGACGCUGAGCAAGCGACAUUUCAAGGAGAAGGAUCCGUUGUGGGACGCGGCGAGGGAGAUCUUGCCGCCUGGAUACUUGGAUUUCUGUGUUCCAGAAUGGUAUGAGAGGCGGGGGUAUGUGUUGUGGAAGUCCAUGUGGAGGAAAUAUGAGCCAGCUGGAGAGAAGAGGGAUUUGAAGCUGAUGGUGGAUUUGAUGAGAAAGGGGGUGUAG